AGAGGAGAGCAGGAGAAAGAAACAGAAAGAGUCUGUCCUUUGGAGAGGGAGAGUGACUGUCUCAACCAUCAAAUCAGGAUGUUUGUUCUCCUCUGGGUGACUUUGCUCCUCUCUAUGAGAGGCAGCAGUGCUGCCGCAGGUGCAUCAAUGACGGGAAGACAACAAUGUCAAGAUGGGUUCUGUAUCACUCUGAUUGAAGGAGAUAUAACAGCUGAGGCUGGACUCUCUGUUGCGGUACCGUGCUCUUUCACUACCGGUUUUGGCUUCGUUCCCAAAAUUAUAGUUUGGUACAAAUGUGAACCAAAUAAACAAAGAUGUGGCGAUUCUGACAUAAUCUUCCACACGAACAAGAACAGCGAAAUUCAGCAAAUUAGGUCUGGCUUUGUAGGACGAGUGUCACUGUUGGAGCCUGACGUGAGUUAAAGGAACUGCAGCAUCAUCAUCAACGAUCUUGUUGAGUCAGACUCAGGAUCGUAUCAACUCAGAGUUAAUAGUAUCACGUGUGGAGGGAGAGACGGAUUUACAUUCUCUCCAAGAGCAACUGUCUCUGUUAAAGGUUCUGUGCAACAUUGUGCACCUUACAGUGCAGUCCUUCCCUGGGCCGUUGCUGGUGUAUCUCUCAGUGUGAACAUCCUCUACACAAUCUGUGUGAUCUUCUUUUGGAAAUCAAGAAAGAAGCUGACACCAAAUCUGGAGGACAGAACUUACAUGUCACUGCAGAAAACGGACAGAUCACCAGAGUAUGAUGUUAUUGCCCGGCCUCUCAAAAGUGAGGAGAGGAAGGGUCUGUGCAUAGCAGAAACACUCAGCAGAGGGCACGUUGGAGAGAACGAGACAGACAGAGGUGCAUCAGUGCGGGAAAGACAAGUCUGUCAAGGUCCAUACUGUAUCACUCUGACUGAUGGAGCAAUAACAGCCGAGGCUGGUCUCUGUGUUGUGAUACCGUGCUCUUUCACCACUUACUAUUGGUUUACACCCCAACAUAUAGUUUGGUACAAAUGUGAACCAACUAAACAAAGAUGCGGUGAUUCAGACGUAAUCUUCCACACGCAAAAGAACAACAGAAAGGUUCAGCCUGGGUUCACAGGACGAGUCUCACUGUUGGAGCCUGAUGUGACUUUGAAAAACUGCAGCAUCAUCAUCAAUGACCUGAAGGAGUCAGACUCUGGAUUAUAUCAACUCAGAGUUAAUGGUGUCGUGAGUGGACAAGCAGAUGGAUUUACAUACGCUCAAAGAGCAACUGUCUCUGUUCACGGUCUGAGUCAGAAGCCCACAUUGAUGAUUCCUCCGCUGACAGCGGGACAGCAGGCCACACUGACCUGCACUGCUCCUGGUCUCUGCUCUGGAUCUGAUCCUAAAAUCACCUGGACUUGGAGAGGAGCAGGAGAGAUGGACUCUCACAUCACAGGACUCAUCACAGCCAAUCAGGAACAUACCUCAACUUUGACCUUUAACCUGUCGGCUGAACACCACAGUAUGGAGGUCACCUGUGAGGUCAGCUUCACAGGAAACACGACUACAGAGGAGACAGUGACUCUGAAUGUGACUUAUGUCAAGGAAGUUAGAAUCACUGGGAAUACAAGUGUAAAGGAGGGUGAGACUCUGAAUCUGACCUGCAGUGUUGAAAGUUUCCCUCCGUCACGUAUAAUGUGGGCUAAAUUUUCCGACAUUCAAAAUGGAACAGAACCCAAUUUGCAGAAUGACACAUUAACUGACCUGCAGAACGACACUGAAACCUACGUGCAAGAAGAAAGUGGAAUGGCAACUCUUUCCAUCUCUAACGUGACGGCAGAUGAUUCUGGACUGUACAUGUGCACAGCAAAAUAUCUGAACAUCACCUUGAGGGAAAAUGUUGAUGUAACAGUGAUAUAUAUGAGAGAACCUGGGAUCACUGGGGAUACAACUGUUAAGAAGGGAGAUGUUCUGAACCUGACAUGCAGCGUUGAAAGUUUCCCUCCAUCUCUUAUAACGUGGACUAAACUUGGCUUCAACACAACCUUUCACGACGGAACUGACCUGCAGAGCCACACUGGAUCCCUCACACUUAUCCUCCCUAAUGUGACAGCAGGACAUUCUGGGCAGUACAUCUGUACAGCAAAACACCUGGACAUGACUGUGACUCAAUAUGCUGAUGUUACUGUGACUUGGUUUUCAAAGAUCUUAAAGUCUGGCUGUGAGGUUCAGUCAGAGGUCCUGACCUGUGAGUGUAUCAGUGAGGGGCUUCCUUUACCCACCAUCAAAUGGCCGCUGUUGAAGAACCAGACUGAGUACUUGGUCAUUACCACUGUAUCCAACUACACAGUGAAUAGCACCAUCAUCCUAACUGUAAAAGACCCCUGUGACAUUGCGGUUGAGUGUGUCAGCAGUAAUGGAAAUGCGGAAGCAAAAGAAAACCUCAUCACCCGAGUAAACUUGCCUGGAAAAAACAAUUCGUCCCUAAAGUUUUUAAAAAUUGUUUCACGGUUGGAAAAUAUCAUUGCCUUUUUGAUUGGUGUUCUGCUUUCAACAAUCAUUUGCUGUUUGGCAAUACAUUGGCACAGAAAAAAACAGAAGAGCCCUGGAAAACUGGAUGAGACUCUGGAGAUGGUGACCAAUCAAGAGGAUCCACUGAUAUGUUAUGGUCAAGCAAUAGAAGAUGAUCAGAGUCAGGGCCGAGAGGGAGCCGAAUACGACACUUUGGCAGCAGAGAAAACAGCCCCUGAACUCGACAGUGGGCCAAAAGACGUGGAGUACGCCAGCAUUGAUUUCUCACUGAUGAAAAGGAAGAGUCCCAAGGAGGUAGCAAAGCAGAAAGAGACCAUAGAGACGGAGUAUGCCGAAAUCAAAAAAGAAGUAAAAGAGGAAAGAGAAGAUGAUGGUCGAGAGGAAGGUGAAAAGUCGGAGUGCAAAGAGGAGGCCAUUAUAGAGGGUGAUGAGGAGCCGAAUCAUGUCCCAGAAGAGGAGGAAGGGGAGGACCUAUCAGUGUACUCCAAUGUAGAGGGUAUAACGGGUGACAUAUAUCUUCAUCAUUAUCAAAAUAAUAAGGAACUAUUUUGUCAGAUAAAUUCUAAUUCUUGUCUUAAAGAUGGGAAGAAACUUGUGAUCGCUGGAAUAACAACUGUUAACGCGGGAGAUACUCUACAUCUGAACUGCAGUGUGAAAGGUUUCCAGCCAUCUGAAACUAUGUGGACUACAGGCUGUUCCAAAAACCGGCGAAAUGAAACCAAAAUCACCCUGCAGAAUGACACCGGAAUGGCCAUUCUUGUCAUCUCUAACGUAACAGCAGAAGAUACCGGACAGUACAUCUGCACAGCAAAAUAUCCGAGCCCCACUCUGACCAUGCAGAUCGGCGUGACUGUGACUUUGUGUCCAAAGAUCUCGAAUAGCUCUGGAUGUAUGAAUCAGUCGAAGGUCCUGACCCCUGUGUGCAUCAGUGAGGGGUUGCCCUUACCCACCAUCAAAUGGCCGCUGUUGGGGAACCAGACUGAGUACUCAGUCAUUACCACGGUGUCCAACCACACAGUCGAUAGCACCAUCACCCUAACUGUAAAAGACUUCAACAUUAUUGUUGAGUGGGUCAAGAGCAUUGACGGGAGGGAAGCAAAUGAGAACAUCGUGAUCACCAUACAUGAUGUAAGACAAGAGGAUCUACUCACAAAAUUCCUAAUAACUGUUAAACAGCCCCAAGUCAUCAUUGCGUUUUUGAUUGGGAUACUUUUGGCAACCAUCUGCUGUUUGCCUAGAAAAUGCCACAGGAAAAAACAGAGGAUAUCUGGAAAUCUGGCUGAGAACCUGGAGAUGGUGACCAAUCAAGCGGUUCCACAGAUCGAUGAUGGUCAAGCAGUUGAAGAUGAUGAUGGGACCCAUGACCAAGAGGCAGCUGAGGGAAGAGCUGAGGCUUCUGGGAAGUCUGCCCCGAAUGGUGACAUGGAACCAAAAGAGGUAGAGUACUCCAACAUCGACUUCUCCAUGAUGAAAAGGAAGAGUCUCACGUGGGCCAAGGAGACACAAGAACCCACAGAGACGGAGUACGCUGAAAUCAAGAGAGAAGUAACACAGGAGAGACAAGACAAUGGCGACGAGGAGGUGGAAGUGCUGGAGGGCGACGAAGAGGAGGAGGCGAUGAUAGGGGAGGAUAGGGAGACACAUCAGUGUAUGCAAGCAGAGGAGGGUGGCGAGGCUGUGGGGCUGUAUUCUAAUGUGAAUGAAAUAAUGGCUUAGACUUGACGACUGUGUAGCUCGGUCGAGUUACUUAAGGAUACAUUUCAUUUUUUUUGUAAAAAUUGUUGAAGCAUAGAGUGAGACGAACAUAACGUUGCGUAGAGGAUGGAGGAUGAGAGCAAGACGGGGGUGGAUGUAGCACAGAAAUUAAAGUUCAGAUAUGAUGCAGGGUGGUCUGUUAGGAGAAUGAUAUGGGCAUUUUUUUGCAUGCUUGUGUGUUUGCGAAGCUGAUGUAGAUUUUUUCCCCCUUUUUUUUUACAGAAAGGAUGAUAUAGAAAUGAUAUAUGUAAAAAAAGAUGCAGACAAAUGUUAGACAGAGGUGUAUUUUAAGGGUUCUGGGCAGAAAGGAGGUGGGAUGGCAGAAUGGACUGAAUUCCUGGAGAGAAGUUUCUCAUGUAAUAUGUACUGAUGUGACGGCUUUUCAGUUUGACAUGUAAAUCACACUUCUGAGUGUGGUUUUUUACCACAUCACUGUCAUUUUAGCCUGGGAUUAGCGGACGUUAUUGAGACGUCAAUAAGUGCAACUCCAUUCACUUAACUACCACUCCAUUCUGACAACAAUAUCAAAUGAUGCACAUUUCAUGUAAAUAUUAAAUCCAUACUACUGCAGCUUUACAAGACUGAUCCCCCAUCAAGCCACCCUGUGUAUAAUUACUCGAAACAUAAGCCUGGUGCAAAAGUAAAAAACUGUUUGAAUAAAACAUCAAAUUAAAGGAAAUAUUUUUACACUUUGCUGUAGAAAUCUUUGUAUGCAAACAUGCUUUGAUGUCUCUCACUCAUAGAGACUCUUUUAGGGAGAAUCAACAGCUUUAUGUAGCAGUUACGCUCUUUAGAAAUAAAUGCAGCUGAUAUUACUUUUGAAUAAACUGUGAGUUAAUGUGUAACUACUAUCAAGACAUUGAUGUAGCGCACAGAAUUUCCGUGUUAAAAUGUUGUUGUGUCCUUUUUUGCAUGUUUUUCGAUUGAACUGCUCCAAACAGAUUUCUGCCGUGUUCAAGGAAAAGCUGACCAUGUCAGGUGUACGUGAGCAAGACACUGAAACCUAAAUAGCUCCCGAUGGUCAGGCCAGCGCAUUGCAUGCGCAUUGAUGUCAUCAACAUGAAUGUGAAUAUGAGGCAAAUUAUAAAGCGCUUUGGAUUGCUAGAGUUUUGACCUCUUCAGACUUUUUUACCUUCUCCGCGCACCUUGAGAUAAGGUGAAUUUGUGCCUACAUUCCCU